CCUGCGGCAGCACCGCUCCGGCUCCGGCUCCGGCACCGCUCCGGUUCCAGCACCGGCACCGCUCCGGUUCCGGCACCGGCACCGCGCCGGUUCCGGCACCCGCAUCGGUACCGGCACCUCUCCGCUUCCAGCACCGCCAGCGGGCACCACUCCGGUUCCAGCGCCGGCACCGGCACCGGCACCGCUCCGGCUCUGGCACCGGCCCCGCUCCUAUUCCAGCACCGGCACCGGCACCGCUCCGGCUCCGGGCUCUGCCAUCCCUCAGGGCACGAGGUAAAAUGAACAAGAUGAAAAACUUCAAGCGGAGGUUCUCGCUCUCGGUUCCUCGGACGGAGACCAUCGAGGAGUCGCUGACGGAGUUCACGGAGCAGUUCAACCAGCUCAACAACCAGAGGAAUGAAGACCUGGCUCAAGGGCACCUGCAGCUGGAGCACCUGGGCAGGGACUUCCGAGCCGACACGGCCCCCAUCUCCCCCUCCGAGGUGGAAGGCCAGUCCCCGAUGGCCGUGCGCUACCGCAACAACAACCAGCGCCGCUUCUCCAUGGAGGAUGUCAGCAAGCGCCUCUCCCUGCCCAUGGACAUCCGCCUGCCCCCCGAGUUCUUGCAGAAGCUGCAGAUGGAGAGCCCGGAGUUCCCCAAGCCCCUCAGCAGGAUGUCCCGGCGGGCUUCCCUCUCGGAUAUCGGGUUCGGGAAGCUGGAGACCUAUGUUAAAUUGGACAAACUGGGAGAGGGCACUUACGCCACCGUCUUCAAGGGGCGCAGCAAGCUGACGGAAAACCUCGUUGCGCUGAAGGAGAUCCGCCUGGAGCACGAGGAAGGGGCGCCUUGCACGGCCAUCCGGGAAGUGUCGCUGCUGAAGAACCUCAAGCACGCCAACAUCGUCACCCUGCACGACAUCAUCCACACGGAGCGCUCCCUCACCCUCGUCUUCGAGUACCUGGACAAUGACCUCAAACAGUACCUCGAUAACUGCGGGAACCUGAUGAAUGUGCACAACGUGAAGAUCUUCAUGUUCCAGCUGCUGCGGGGCCUGGCCUACUGCCACGGGAGGAAGAUCUUGCACCGAGACCUCAAGCCCCAGAACCUGCUCAUCAACGAGAGGGGAGAGCUCAAGCUGGCUGACUUCGGGCUGGCCAGAGCCAAGUCGGUCCCCACCAAAACCUACUCCAACGAGGUGGUCACGCUGUGGUACCGGCCCCCCGACGUCCUGCUGGGCUCCACGGAGUACUCCACGCCCAUUGACAUGUGGGGUGUUGGCUGCAUCCACUACGAGAUGGUCACUGGCCGGCCCAUGUUCCCCGGCUCCACGGUGAAGGAAGAGCUGCACUUGAUCUUCAGGCUGCUGGGAACCCCAACAGAAGACACGUGGCCGGGAAUAACAUCCAACGAGGAGUUUAAGGCUUACAACUUCACGCAGUACCGAGCCCAGCCGCUAAUAAAUCACGCCCCAAGGCUGGAAUCAGAAGGCAUUGACUUGCUGAUGAACCUCCUUCUGUACGAAGCCAAGAGCCGGAUUUCGGCGGAGGCAGCCCUGCGGCACCCUUACUUCAAGAGCCUGGGCGAGCGGGUGCACCUCCUGCCCGACAAUGUCUCCAUCUUCUCCCUGAAGGAGAUCCAGCUUCAGAAGGACCCUGGCUACCGAGGCUCAGCCUUUCAGCAAUCAGCCCGAGGGAAGAACAGGCGGCAGAGCAUAUUUUAAACCCGGACCUCGUGUUCCCCUUGUCACCAUGGAGAUCAGAGCACUGAGAAAGGAGAUGGCAACACGCUCCCACCCGCCCCACCGCAGCACUGCCAACCCCAGCAGGACGAUGCUGAUGAAGCGCCCUUGGCCACAGGCUCUCCCUGCCUGUCCCCACAGCCCCCAGCAGCCGCUGUUGGUGGACCUGUGGCCUUUUCCCCCACUUGUUCUCACGUUGCCCCUGCCGGACGCGAGCUGCCACCUUCCCUGCAGGUGCUGCAGUGAGCAGCUGCCCUGGCAUUGCCCAGGAUCGUGCCCUGCCCUGGGGGAGCCGCUCGCUGCGCGCGGGGCUGAGCUGGGCACAGGGAGGUUUGGUGAGCAGAGGGUGGUGUCCGCAAAGCUGCAUCACGUUCGGCUCAGGCAGGCAUUUGUGAAGAUGUGCCUUUGCUCAGACAACCUGCUCUGCACCCCCAUGCCUCGGAGAGACGCCGUGCAGCCAUAUUACGAGCUGGGGCAUCGCCCAGCCCGGCACCGGAGAGACCGCAGCUGAAGCACGAGCCCGGGGCAGCCCCCUCCUCCUGCGCCCUUGCCUCUGCCUGCGCAACCUCUUCUUCUCUGCCCAUCUUCGGUACCUGGAUCCUGACAAGGGGGGAGCAGCCGGAGCAGAGGGCUUCGCGUUGCCUCCCCCAGCAUCCCCCUGUCCUUGCCACCACUGCGUUCCCCGGUUCGGCUCCGAGGACAGGACACCACUCCCAGCGCCGUCUCAGGAGCGCGUCUGCCCCCGUGCCAGCGCUGAGCCCCGCGGCGGAGCCGAGCCGCGCAGCCUCGCCGUACCCAAGUGUUGCGCACACCCACCGCAGUGCUUUUCUACCCGGAGGAAGGGGGAGAGGUGCCAAACCUCCCACAGCUCAGCUGUGGGGACCAGAAAUAGACCCGGGGAGAAGCAAAUCAUCCCUCGAACCUUCUUGCCUGGCCACGCCGUGCGUAGCCAGCACCACGUCGCAGCAGCCCUGGCUCAGACGGCCGCCACGGGACCGAGGCGCGUGCGGAGAUUUGAGCGCACUCAGCUGGCCGAGGGCUGCUCCUGGUGCCAAACUGAGCACAUCGGGAGCCUGCCAAACCCAGCCCGAGCAAGGAAGCCCUGCUGCACCUCUUCCCCGCAGCCUGCCACCAGCCUGAAAUGUCUUCAGGUGUGCGAGCACUGCGGGAGGUCUCCUCUCUGUUUAAUAUCCACGUCCCUUUCGUGGCUCUCCCUGAUGACCGGUCCUCCCACCCACGGGUCCUCGAGCCCUUGGACACGGCUGGGACUCUCUGGUGGGUGCUGUGACUGGUGCUGGGCCCGGCGGGACGUGCCCAUGUCCUAACCUGCUGCCCUGCCAGGGAGAGCAGCGCUCGGGGGACGCCGCUGACUGCUGCACGCCGCUGCCUCCCCACCGGGCACUCGGAGCUCUCUUUCCUUUCCACUCUGCCAUGCGUGCGGGAUUUCUUCUGUGAUCCUCUGCGAAUGCAAAGCGUGAGGAUAAAGGAGGAGACCCCGGGGCUUCCGGAGGCGCCUCCUCCCCGUGCCAGUGCUCGCCGCGACACCCCCUGCGCUCCCCCCAUCAGACCAAAGCUGUUAAGUCGGGUUUGUCCUAGACAAGCAUCCAGACGUCUGCAUUGUUUGAGGUUUGCCCAUCCCUGCUCGGUUCCCUUCUCGGUAUGUCCAGCAUACAGCAGGCUGAAUAGUUCAUUAAUUGUUUCCAUUUGAUAGGGAAGAGCAUGAAUAGCCAUCAGCCACCAGUGACGCAUUUCGCCCUGAUGUGAGGGCAGGGUUUUGCCUGGUUUCCUACACCCUGCUCCUGCUGCAAGGGGCUUGUCGGUAGGCAGGCUCACAGAGGGAAAUGUUGGCUGGAGUAAGUCUCAACUCUCACAGUGUCACCUUUUCUUUCACAAAGGCAUUUAGAUGGAAGUUUCCUCGGCAUGGCAGGGAUCCGUGGUGCAGAAAUGCCAGCUCCUGGCCCGAAAUUGGCCACUCAGCUGGCGGCCAGCUCACGGGCACCGCGUCCCCUGUGCCCCUGCCUGUGGGUACCUGCGGGUACCUGGCUGAAGGGUGCUGGUGUGCCCGGGUCCCUGAGCACAGAUCGGAGCCAGGGAGCAGCAACCCUCUCCUCCUGCUCUCGGGAACCCCAUUCAAGAUGUGCUUGACUUGUCUUUGGGCAGUUUUCCUGCCUGAAAGCUGAGCCCCUGGGAAAUGAGUCCCAGCAGUGCUCGCCCCAUAGGACAGGCAUCCCGCCGAGCGGCAAGGUCACCCAGGGCAGUGGCUGGAGAGAAAGGCUGGGAAAAGCCCAGCACUGACCGUAGACAGGGAUGCCUUAUCUGGGAUCAGAUAACGAAGACAAAGGGCCUGCUAGCUGCUGUUUAUCCUUUCACAGCCUUUGCCUUUCCUCUUACAAAUCCUCCCCAGAGGAGCUCUUUGUGUGGAGGCGCUGUUAUUUAUUAGCCCCGCGCACUGCUAGCAGCCCAAAUUUCAGAUAAUCCCUUUUGUCCCGCUGCCUUUAGAGGGCAUUUGAUUCCGAUUCAGGAGGACGAUAGCGUGCGUAAAUAUUUGGUACCCCGCCGAGCAAGGUUUGAGUUACGAGCGCCCGCCGCUGCCCUGCCUGCACGUGGCGGCCGCCGUGUGAUGCCCGCGCUCCUGCCACGCGCUGCCCGCUGCCAGGAGGCCAAAUCCCCUCCAGGAGAGGGGUCACAGCCCCCCGAGGGCAGGAGGGGGGGUCCGGCUGGGUUUGUGAGGCUGGAGAGCCCCCAGGUUCCCGGGGAGGGACCUGCAGCGCUCACCCCCUCCUGCCGCAGCUCCCCGCGGGCAGCCCUUCCCUGCGCCAGGAGCACCAGCCGGCUCCAGAGAUGGAUGUUUAAAGUAGCGCUGAUGAAAAUGCUGGGAAUGUCUGUGGCUCGCUGGAAUUUUUGUCAUUUCGUGGGUUCUCCCGGCCGCCACUUUGCAGAGUAGCUGGCACCCGUCGCCGAUUGGGAGUUUUGACAAAAGGAAGCUGUUGUUUUGUCUUCCAGACAUUUUUUUCUUGCCUGUUUUUUUUUGUUUUUUUUUUUACCAGUUAUUGUGGAAAAUGGAGUUUUGGCUGUGCUCUCAGGAAAGGGCCUGUUAUUGCAUCUCUCCAGCUGAUAGCUGGUUAAAGAAACGUAAGUAAUGUGCAAAGCAAGGUCCACGUUACAGGGCAACAAUAAAACUCUGGGGCAGCGCGGCUGCAUGUCACUCUCUCCACACACACGCUCACGCCUUUCCUGGCCCAGCCCUUUGCAGAUCUAUGGCAAGAUUUUAAAUAACAAACCUGCAUUGUAUCGUGGAGACUAAGAACAAAAUAAGGGGAUUUUUUUCCUCUCCCUUACACACGAUGAAAAAAAAAAAAAAAGAAAAGAAAAUAACAAGGCCAUUUUCCCAAGCUUCUCACAUGUUUUUAGUUUGAUUUUGUUUUUCCCAUGGCUUAUCUUCAGUCGGAAGCCGGGCUGGCGUAAAGCAGGAGCCCGGAGCUCCCAGGGGCUGGAGAGGUAAAGGCAGGUGGGAAAAAGGCACUGGGCACAAAAGCUCUGACGCCUCCUUUCUGGUCUCUUCAUUGCCUGCCUUCCUCCUCUGCACCACGCUUGUCCUACAGCAGGAGAAAUCUACCCAAGUGGCCAGGAUACACGUACUGUGAAUGUUCUCUGGUGUGAUUCAUCUGCAGAAUACCGAUAAUAUAUUUAACUCGUGUUGUACAAACAAAAGACGCGUUUUAAAAGAAAUGAUUUUAAAGAUUUAUUCCAAAAGAAGCAAUGAAUUUUUUUUUACGAAAGUUUUUUCUGGAAUAAAUGGAGAGGUGAAAAAAGAAAAAAAAAAAAAAAAAGAAUAAAGGACUGUAUCCAUCUAUCAAUCUCGUGUCUGAAUGUUUUAUACAAAGACUUCGAUUUUUGUAUUUCAGACGUGACAUAGACUAUUUUGUGAUGUGCUCAUUUUCUUGCUAAGGCUUCUAUUACAGUUGUAUUGUGAAUGCUCCAAAGCCAAGCUUGAAAAAUAAACUUUAUUGAGUACAG